AUGAAAAUGAAAACUCUGAAAAUAUCACAAUAGGAUUAAUUAAUAAAAAUAUUAAAAUAAAUAUAAAAUAUGUCUUUAGAAAGCCAAGUAUUGCUUGCAUUAUGGGAAUUAUAUCAAUAAAAUUAAAUUUCAAUGGAACAAAAAGGAUGUAUCAAAGGUAUUUAUACACUUUAUAUAAGAUUUAUUAAUAAGAAAAGAUUACAAUUUCUAUUCUGCAAUUAGCAAUUGCUAAAAAUUAGAUCAAUUAGAAAAGAAGCUACUUGAUAUUUUGAAUUGUAAAGAUCUUUAAAUUUUGUUCUGAUUAGGGUUCCCCUAGAGAUCUAGAUGGUGAAGAAGCGAUUUGUCCAAUCAUUCGAUUUAGUAAUUCAUCCAAUACACCAACAACUAUCAAAUCACAUUAAAAUAAUCCUUAAAAGAGGUUUAGAUUUAUGAGUUCUAGUAAUGAAAGUGAAAUGGCUUAGAUCAAUUAAAGGGUAC